AUGCCAGCAACUGUACCCAAAAUAGCGCCACGACUGACGCAACACAUUCUUUAUGGACCUCGGCAUCUGCAGUUUCGACAUGCACUUGGACAGUUUAUCGACAAGGGAAUCAAUCCAUUCGUUGAUGAGUGGGAGUUGAAGAAGCAGUUCCCUGCUCACGUCCUGUUCAAGCAGCUUGGAUUACUUGGCAUCUUCGGAGUCAAUAAACCGGCUGGUGACUGA